UCGGCGAGUCUGAUUAGAACACGUCAGUAUUUUAGCUUUAUAAUAAACGUGUUAAAUAAGAAUUAAUUCUUAUUCGUAAUAUAUAUCGAGUUUAAGUUGUGCUCGCGGUGCGAAUUGAGUUAACCAGUGUUGUGUUUCGAGAAAACUCUUGGAUCGAUAAAGGGCUGUGUCAACAUGGGAAGCGGAAGAAAAAAUGUAAUAAACAUGUUAUUCGCCCUCAUGAUAUUGCCUCUCGCGUAUUGCAGUGUACAGCCGCCUGUAGUGAACCCUGACAUUUUAACUCAGUCCAAGAAUCUUGGAGAAUGUCAGGCUUGUAAAUUAUUCGUAGACUCAUUUAAAAAAGGCUUAGAACGAACUGCAAGAGGUAAAUACGAGGGAGGUGACGCGGCGUGGGAAGAAGAGAAACUGAAGCUGUCUUACAAGCGUAGCGAGAUGAGAUUAAUUGAUAUACAAGAAGGGCUGUGUAAAGAAGGCAAAAACUCUAUCCAGUGCCACCAUAUGGCUGAAAAAGCUGAAGAGUUCAUUGAAACAUGGUGGGCACAAGACCCAGAUGAAUCUGCAGACUUGUACAACUAUAUCUGCAUAGAAAAAAUGCAAGUUUGUUGUCCAAAACACCAUUUCGGCAAAGACUGUACACCUUGCCCUGGUGACCAUGAGAAAUUAUGCAGUGGCAAUGGAAAAUGUCGAGGUGAUGGGACCAGGAAGGGAAAUGGAUCCUGCUUGUGUGACACUGGGUACACGGGGGACAACUGUGAUCAGUGUAUGACUGGGUAUUAUUUGUCAUACAAGGAUGACACAAAGAUGUUGUGUUCUCCGUGUCAUGUGUCCUGUAUGGGUGGUUGUCGGGCAGGCUCACAGAAAGACUGUGUGGCAUGCAAGCCAGGCUUUACUUUUGACUCAGAUGAAGGGUGCCUGGAUAUCAAUGAAUGUGAUGAUGUGAAUAAAUGUAAUAAAGACCAAUUUUGCCUGAACUCCAUUGGAUCGUUCACCUGUAUGUCUUGUGAUAAGUCCUGUGAUACCUGCCACGGUGAUGGGCCGGACAUGUGCAGGAAGUGUGCCAAAGGAUACUCCAAGAAGGGAGAGUUCUGUAUAGCUGAUAGGGAGGAUGAGGACCAAUCUGAGAAGCUCACUACUACAAGGUACAUGACAUAUGUGGGUCUGCUGAUUGCGACGGGCAUACUCCUGCCCAGGUCUACCUCUUUGGGCAGUAUUGUGGGAGCCAUGGUGCUCUCCUACAUAUUAGGAGCUGAAUAUUACUGUAUGAUAAACGGGCACACUGGAUUAGUUGAUCUGAGGCAUUUCGACUUAGCUCGAAUGUUUCAUACUUAGACAAUUUUCAUAAUUUAAUUAUUCUGGCAGAAAUGGCACAUCAUAUUGGGAUCAUUUAUAGUCAGAAUUUUAAUUAGAUUCCAGAUUUGACAAUACCUACUGUCAUUUUGUGAAUUAAUGAUACCACA